AUGGCGUACGACCGAUAUGUCGCCAUUUGCCAACCACUGCACUAUGAGACUAUAAUGAACAGGGGAGCUUGUGUCCAAAUGGCAGCCUGUGCCUGGAUCAGUGGAAUUCCUGUUUCUACUAUGCAGACUGGGAACAUAUUUGCAUUACCUUUUUGUGGUGGUAACAAGGUGAAUCAGUUCUUCUGUGAAAUUCCCCAGCUACUCAAGAUCACCUGCAAUAACUCGUACGUCAGUGAAAUUGUUAUUACUUCUUUUCUCUUGUUCUUAGGUUUAAGCUGUUUUGCUUUUAUAAUUAUGUCAUAUGUUCAGAUCUUCAAAGCAGUGCUGAGAAUCCCCUCUGAGCAAGGCCGGCAUAAAGCCUUCUCCACCUGCCUCCCUCACCUCAUUGUGGUCUCAUUGUUAGUUUGCACUGCCACCUUUGCCUACCUGAAACCCACCUCCAGCUCAACAUCAGGUCUUGAUUUCAUGGUGGCUGUUCUUUAUUCCAUGGUGCCUCCAGUGAUAAAUCCAGCCAUCUACAGCAUGAGGAACAAGGAAAUCAAAGGUGCCCUAAGGAAACUGACUGCGGGGAAGUUAUUCAAAAAGAAUAAAAUUUCCAGAUUUCUCCCAUGA